GUGCAGGUUUGGGAUGAGUCUUCUAUUUGGGGGGGGGGGAGGCAUUGGAACUAGUGUGUAUAUUUCACUAUUGUAGUCUUAUUCAUUUUUUUUGGGGGGGAGGGGCAUCUUCUUCGGAGAGUAUAAAACUAGUGUUUAUAUUCAAUUUUUGUAAUCCUACCCCAGAAGCAAAACUUGGUCCUCUACCCGUAUCAUCGCCAUCACUUCCUGAAGAUUCAACAGGAUGUGGAUCUGGAUUGCCUGAACCAAUAUCCAUCGCAAGUGACCAGAUAACACAGUCUGACAGCCAUGCAGAUUCUCCGCUCCAUCCAAACAUGCAGUGUGGUCAGAGAAAUCCUGAAACAUGUGACAAUUUCAUGUGUACUGAUGAAGUUUGGGCAGCGUGUCCAGAGUGCUUGUGUUUCUUAUGCUUCCUUCAUUUUAACUUACGUGAUGAUUGCCUUUGUCAUAAUCUUGCAUUCAAUCUCAGUGAAAUUCCACUUGACAUCAGUUCAAGUGCAUCACAGUACCAAGGGCUCACCAACGAAGAAGAAAGGAACAAUGAAGACGAGGUUAUGCCGUUAAUGGAAUCAAGAAGAGGAAACUUUGAAAACCAAGCCUCAUUGGAUACAAGAGUUGAAGAGAACGGAGAUCAGGUACUGAUGGCGACUCUGGAAUCAAAACAAUCCGAUGCGACCGACUCAUUAGAUAUUCCAGAGCAUCUUGAAGAAGCUAGCCUUCCCCAGGAAUCAGCUGAUAAUAGUCAACUGUCUCCUGAAUCAUUUCAAGUAGAUGGGGAAAGAGCAUUGGAAGUGCCAGAGCAGCCAAAGACGGUGAAGAGUAGAAAUCAAUUAGUCAAAGAACGGAGAAAUGCUGGUUACAGCUAUGAGAGUGAAAAGAGUAAGGAACUAAAAGCGGCGAGGAGAUUUGCUAGCUACGAAACCUCAUGUGAAAAGUGUCAUUUCAGAGGACUUAGUUGCAACACAUUUAGUUGCAACACUCGUGAAGCUAUUAGAUCAGCUUUUUAUGACCUUGCUGAUCUGACAAAGCAGAGAGAAUGGAUUGGACGGCACACCGAACAGAUUCAAGAAAAGAAGUCAAGAAAGAUCAGAAAAUGUGCGUAUUUCCUGCCCAAUGCAGGUGAUCCAUGCAUUAAAGUUCGUGUAUGCAAAGCGAUAUUCGUGGGAACAUUAGGUAUAUCAGAGAGGCAAGUGAAGACCGUGCUUGGAAAGAAGAGACCAUACGGCUGCCUUGAAGGUGAAGGAAGGGGUGGCAGGCAGACGUCUGACAGAGACGCUCUAUUACGUGAAGGGGUGAAGCGGCACAUUAAUCAAUUUCCGCGUCAAGAAUCUCAUUAUUGUCGGGCCAACAGUCGAUGUGAAUACCUUUCAGAAGAUCUCAAUCCUGAGAUCAUGUAUCGCAUGUACAAUUCAUCUACAGAAGGUACAGAGGAAUGUGCUUCUUUAUCUCUUUACAGGAAGGUUCUGAAGAAGAUGAAUAUCAAGUUCCAUCAUCCGAAAAAGGACAUGUGCCCCUUGUGCGAAACCUACAGACGUGGGAAUCCCAAAGAGAGGGAAGAAAUUGCAGGGGCAUACAAAGUUCACAUUGCUGAAAAAGAAAAAGUAAGAGAGUUGAAGAGUCUUGCUAAGGAAAGAGCUUCAGUUGACCACACAUUUGUCUCUGCAGUUUUCGAUCUGGAGCAGGUCAUUUACUUGCCGAAGUCCCCACAAUCUGACAUUUUCUACAAACGUAGACUCAGCAACUACAACUUCACGAUAUAUGAACUUGCAAGCAAGGACGGAUGGUGCUUUCUUUCACACGAGUGCGAAACAAAAAGAGGAUCCUGUGAAAUUGCCUCACACGUCCAUCGGUACCUUAACAGUCUAGAUGAGAGGGGUGUGAAACAAGUAGUGUUCUACUGUGAUGGCUGUGUCGGUCAAAAUAAGAACUCUAUCAUCCCAACAAUGCUGCAACAUUUCAUCGGAAAGGCUAAGUCCGUUGAAUCGGUCACAGUUAAUUACUUCCCUACAAACCACGGACAAAGUGAGGGUGAUGCCAUGCACAGCGUCAUAGAACGAAGCAUUAGACGUGUGAAAGAAGUCAUGGUACCGACUCAAUUGAGCACCAUUUGUGCGAUGGCUCGUCUUCACCCCCAUCCUUAUCAUGUAGUAGAAGUCCAAUCAAGAGAUAUUGAUGAUUGGAAGUCUGUUGGUCAACAGAAAGGUAUUCUGCGAGUCCGAACCUCUGAGGGUGGACAAACCGUAGACUGGAAGAAAUUCAUGGCUAUGAAGGUCGUGAAAGGUGAAGUGGAUUCCGUGUACUUCAAGUAUUCUCACACUGAUGAAGAAUUUGAUGUGAUCAGGACAAACCAGACACGGAGAGGUGUAGAAGAGGUCACUGAAGUAACACCCGAGCCUCUCUACAGGAAUGGCCCACCAAAGCUAUCUUUGGGUAAAUAUCAGGAUCUCAAGGCCCUCUGCAGCGGCACUACACCUGCAGUCUGGCACCCACUCCACCAGGCUUUUUAUGAUAAGCUGCCUCACUACUAAACUAUGCUACCCAAAUGAUAUCAGUUAAUUAAUGCUUUCAUAUUCUUUGUUUCCAUAAAAAGUAAUCACUGACCAGUUCAUAUCUGAAAUGUAGAGUUGAAUCUGCUAGAUUGUGACGAGCUGUGUUUGUCAUUAUGAUACUUUGCGUAUUUUCAUAUGAGCGAUUUCAAUUUUUGUUGAAAAUCAAAUCUUAAAAAAAAAAGAACUUGUUUAUAAAUGAUUCACAAUUGAGACUAAAAAAAUACUUUUGCAUGACAUCGAAACGAAAAUUACUUAUUUCAUUGGUAUGAGAUGUAUCUAGCACAAGAGAUAAUAUAUCAAUGACAUAUUAAUUAAAUGAUUUGUAUUGAAUGAUGCAUUCUUUGGGAUAUUACAUUCAUAGUUACGAAAUUAAGCUGGCUCAUUUUAUUUAUUUAUUUUUUUCAUCUGUAAAUAUUGAAGUUUUAAUAUAAGGAAUAGACUAUAGAGAUGAAAUUAUCAAAUGAAUUGACGAGAAAUAAUCAAUUCUUUUGAAUAUUGUGUCAAUAUGAUAUUUAUUGUACUCAAGACAAGUGAUAUUUUACCAUUUCCAUCUGUAAAUAAUGCAGUUUAAAAACAAAAUGUAAUACACUGAAAUAAUUAAAUGAAUUGACGAGAAAUAAUCAAUUCUUUUGAAUAUUGUGUCAAUAUGAUACUUAUUGUACUCAAGACAAGUGAUAUUUUAACAUUUCCAUCUGUAAAUAAUGCAGUUGAAUCUGCUAGAUUGUGACAAGCUGUGUUUGUCAUUAUGAUACUUUGCGUAUUUUCAUAUGAGUGAUUUGAAUUUUUGUUGAAAAUCAAAUCUAAAAAAAAAAAAGAACUUGUUUAUAAAUGAUUCACAAUUGAGACUAAAAAAUACUUUUGCAUGACAUCGAAACGAAAAUUACUUAUUUCAUUGGUAUGAGAUGUAUCUAGCACAAGAGAUAAUAUAUCAAUGACAUAUUAAUUAAAUGAUUUGUAUUGAAUGAUGCAUUCUUUGGGAUAUUACAUUCAUAGUUACGAAAUUAAGCUGGCUCAUUUUUUUUUUUUUUUUUUUCAUCUGUAAAUAUUGAAGUUUUAAUAUAAGGAAUAGACUAUAGAGAUGAAAUUAUCAAAUGAAUUGACGAGAAAUAAUCAAUUCUUUUGAAUAUUGUGUCAAUAUGAUAUUUAUUGUACUCAAGACAAGUGAUAUUUUACCAUUUCCAUCUGUAAAUAAUGCAGUUUAAAAACAAAAUGUAAUACACUGAAAUAAUUAAAUGAAUUGACGAGAAAUAAUCAAUUCUUUUGAAUAUUGUGUCAAUAUGAUACUUAUUGUACUCAAGACAAGUGAUAUUUUAACAUUUCCAUCUGUAAAUAAUGCAGUUUAAAAACAAAAUGUAAUACACUGAAAUAAUUAAAUGAAUUUAUGAGAAAUAAUACAUUCUUUUCAAUAUUAUAUUUCUAUGAGAUGUAUCUGGCUCUUUCAGAACAUUGGUAUUUCUUAUCUGUAAAUGAUACAGCUUUAAAGAGAAAAAAAUUAUAUGAAGAUGAAAUUAUUUGAUAACAUGUGUUGAAGAUAAAUGAUGUUUUCUUUGGAAUAAUACAUUCCUAUGAGAUGUAUCUGGCUCAUUCCUUUUUUUAUCUGUAAAUAAUGCAGUUUAAAUAGAACUCUGAAUUUACUACGGAUAUGAAAUAAUUACAAUAAUUAAAAAUAAAUAAUGCAUUUGUUAAAUGAUGUGUUGAAAUUUAAUAUUUAUAUCCGUCAAUAAUGCAGUUUAGAAAUAACAUAAUGAAGUAAACUUGGAAAUGGAAAAUACGAGAUGUAUCAAGGACUAGAAUUUAAUGUUUCUAUCUGUAAAUAGUGUAGUUUAAAAAAAAAUAACAAUGAAGUAUACAUUGGAAAUAGAAUAACUACAUGAAUGGAAGGAAAGUGAUACAUAAUUUUAAAUAUUUCAUUAUUGUGAUGAAUCUGACUAAAGAGAUCUUGGUGAAAUUUUGAUAUUUCCAUCUGCAAACAAUGAAGUUUAACAAGAUUCUAUGGAAAUCAAAAUGAAUAGAAUGUGGAAAAGUUAUAUAUCCUUUUGAAUAUUCCUAAGACAUGUGCAUAAUUGAAUAUAUUUCAUGCAGAGUUGUGAGGAAUAGGAUUAUUAAAAUCCUCUAAUUUGAUGUCCAAUAUAUCACUUUUUCAUUAAUAGAGACAAAGGUUUUACUUUAUACAACUGAUAUAAAGAGUCAAAUCACGAGGACUUCUUGAUGACUGGAUAUGAAGAAACAAAAAAAAACAAAAA